CUCCUGGCCUGGAGUGUCAAUUUUCUUCAGAGCACAUAAACAGAACAUGAUGCUGGACCAGAUGGAUUUCUCGGACCCUCUCUGGGGUGCAGACUCUGACCAAGAAUCCCUCACUGGGAGUGACCUCAGGGGAGUCUGCUGCUUCCUGGACAAUCCAGCCUUGAAAGCCGAAAAUGGAGAAAAUGCCCGGCCUGGGGGAUCAGCCAACCUGCAGCGUCUGAGCCGGGAGGAGAAACGACGGAGCCGGCGGGCUACAGCGAACUACCGCUCAGCUCAUGCCACUCGGGAGAGAAGCCGGGUAGAGGCAUUCAACAUGGCCUAUGGGGAGCUCCGACAGCUGCUGCCCACUCUGCCCCCGGACAAGAAACUCUCAAAGAUUGAGGUCCUCCGGCUGGCCAUCUGCUAUAUCUCCUACCUCAAUCAUGUUCUGGAUAUUUAG